CAUUGGUUCCAUUGUACAAAGUCGUCAAUCAAAAUUGUGGCUACAAUUCGACUCCAUUUUCCGUUUCACCGAGGAGUACAAACGCCACGACAGCUAUAUUAAGACAUUGCAUGGUUUCUCGAAUCGUGUGAUACGCGAACGCAAAGCUGAACUAGCAGAGAAUAUACUCAACAAUAAUGUCGCCAACUCAUCCGACGCUUAUGAUGAUUUAGGCAAGAAGAAGCGUCUCGCUUUCUUAGAUCUACUUAUUAAUGCUUCGAAAGAUGGUACUGUGCUGUCGAAUGAGGAUAUACGCGAAGAAGUCGACACAUUCAUGUUUGAAGGACACGACACCACAUCGGCGGCUAUAUCAUGGACACUAUUCCUGCUCGGCUCUUAUCCUGAAUAUCAGGAACGUGUGGUGGAAGAGCUGCAUGCCAUUUUCGGCGAUGAUAAAGAGACACCAGCUACCAUGCAGAAUCUAAUGGAUAUGCGUUAUUUGGAGUGCUGUAUCAAAGAUGCGCUACGCUUGUUCCCCAGUGUGCCAAUGAUGGCGCGCUCCAUUGGCGAGGAUGUGAAAAUUGGUAACUACUUGGUUCCCGCUGGCACUACGGCAAUCAUUGUGACCUACAUGCUGCAUCGCAAUCCCAAAGUAUUUCCCAAGCCAGAACAAUUCAAUCCAGAUAAUUUUCUGCCUGAGAAUUGUGCUGGCCGCCAUCCCUUCGCCUAUAUACCUUUCAGCGCUGGUCCGCGUAAUUGUAUAGGUCAGAAAUUCGCCAUACUCGAAGAGAAAGCGGUAUUGUCAACGAUAUUGAGGAAAUAUAAAAUCGAAUCCAUCGAUCGUCGCGAAGAUCUUACUCUGUUGGGUGAGUUGAUUUUGAGACCGAAGGAUGGCCUACGCGUGAAAAUAACGAAGCGUCCAUGAAAAGGAAAGCAGAUCAAGCGAAUUUUGCGUAUACAAAAGCAUAGCAUUAAAUACGAUUUAAGUAUUGUUUUAUGUAUUUGUAAGUAGCUUUAGGAAUUACCUUAAGCCCCGAUGAAUUUAUUUUAAAUUCUCAAACGCAAAAAUUGCCUCCCGAGCAACGGGAUUUUAGUUUAACUUAAGUUUGAAUGAAAGGUAGGGAGGAGUCGAUCCGGGUACAUUUUGUGUAGUAAAACGCUUUCGGAAAAUUUUUUUUUUAAAUUGUAAUACAUACAUAUAUGUAGCGUGUAAGCCCUUUGUACCAAAUAUAAAGUUGUAUGAUUUAAAGCGUAAAAUCCAUUGAUGUAAAUAAAGAUUUA